AUAACAUUGACCGGUUCUUCGGGCAAAAGGAAAUUUAUAUUGCCAUGACUUGCUAGGCAGCUCGGAAGCAUUACAGGGUCACACAGCAGGAGCUCUGUCACCGAUCACAAAGCAGGGCUUCUCUGCUACCAAACUAUUGGCCAACUGUGAGAUGUCUUGUUAAGAGGGGCAAGGAUAAGAUAUUUCAUUCAUAGAGUUCAUGGCCAUUGUAUCGUUCGACGAGCUUGAUUGAUAUGUCUUAUGGCAUUCGCGUAAUCCAAUCGCUCUCGAGAUCUAGAUCCUUGCAGAUGUUUUCUGUUCAUCAAGUGAAAGUAAUAUCCUGCCCUUGGUAAAGUCGUGUCCUCCUGUCGCGAGGUUAUUUAAUGAUUGUGGCGGUGACGUACUCAGAGAGCAGCUAAAUCAGUUUUCACCUUGGCAAGAACCACAGGAGAAAACGAGACGCACUUUUAACGUUUUCUACGCGUGGCAAUUACUCAACUUUUCAUUCACUCUUGGCUAGAGUAUACUGAUUCGUUGGAUUUUGUUGUUUUAUUUCAAAUCAUGUUUAAGAACAUUUUACAUGCAAGCUACGCGGUUUUAUUUUGGCUGGUCUUAAUACAAACGUCAUGGUGCGUGCCAUUCAAAGAUUCAAAAACUGAAAUGAAAUUUCAAUUUGACGAAACGACGGGUAGUGGUACUGGGGACGCUGAUGAUCGUAGCUCUUUUUACAGCUACAUCGAUUUCGAGGAUCGCCUCCCAAAGACAGAAAGGGGCAAGUCGUGCAAUCUUGAUCAGAACUGUGAAGAUGACCAAUUUUGUCAUGAAAACUACAAAUACUGCGAGAAGAAGAAGUAUACAGGAGGUCUUUGUAGAAGAACGGGUAACUGCGUUCGAGGUGCAUUUUGCAUGUGGGGAAGAUGCUUCAAAGCACAGAGACCUGGAUUAUACAACAGUCGCUGCAAAAUGCACAAUGACUGCGAUGAGGGCCUGUGUUGCGCAAGAGAGGAAGGUGAAAGCAUAUGCAAAAAAUACCUGACUGAAGGACAAAACUGCUCCGCGUCUUUUGGUGGUAUAGAGUAUAGCAAAGAUCAUGACUGUGCUUGUGGAUUUGGUCUCGUUUGCAAGUUGUUUGGCUGGUCAGGGAAACUAUGGAAAUCAAAACCCUUACUGAAAUGCGUAAAGAUGAAUCCAUAGGUGGAUUAUGCUCUUGAACUUCGUGAUGACAUGAAGCACCUGUGUUGAAUAAAGUAUGAAAUUCGUGGUUGGUCAUAUAUUCUUUGACAGAACAAUCGAAACGAGGUUGGUGGGACAGAGGGGCUAAUACACAUCUAAGAAGCUAAUCAACAAAAUGGCUCUCUUCACGAACACAUUUGUUGCAGCGAACAGAAGUGAACAUUGGAUUAUUUCCUUCUAUAAUAUUUCAAGUGUAACAUUAUUUAUCAACAUCAUGUAUGUAGUUGCAAAAAACCGUGUGCAGUUGCUUGACAGCAGUCGUUUUGCAAGCGCUGACGGUGGUUUCUAGUUAAUCAACAGCAUUGACCGUAACAGUCGCACUUUCCUUUUAGUUGAGCCAAUUUUAGUGUAUUUCUUAUUGUAAGGUCGACUAAUUUGUUGUAAAUUUUUGCUAAUUAGUGAACACAAAUUGUCUGUAAAUCAUAAGUUUAUGAGAAAAGUAUGUAACAAUCCUUUAGUAUUGAUGAAUGUGCUAGAAGGCAAGCAUUUCACAAAUAUGAUGUUUUUAGCUUACCUCAUUACUUUGCACAUUUGGAUGUUCAAACAGACAGGAGGGUUUUCCAGAUGUUCUUUUCGAAUCGAUUGCAAAAAUGUUGUAAUCAGCUAGGCGUUAAUGCCAGUAUGAAAAUUCGUUUUUCCACCAAAAUUCACCAGUGAUCAUGAUAUCCUCGAACUCUCCUGCCCUCUAUACACCUUGCUUGCUUGUUUUCUUGUCUUCUAUUCUAUGUAACAUGUAGCACAUGUCACAUGUAAUUAUAUGUAACACAUACAGAAAUAUUUUAGAGUCUUAGAACAGCGAGGUAUCCAAAUAUCAUGCAUGCGUUGUUGAUUUAGCUGGAUAAUCUUCAAACUGGAAAAUCUAUCUUUUUAACUUGAGUAGGGCUAUCCCUUUAUUUUUUAUCAUAGUUUCGCUAAAACGAAUAAAUUCUCUGCGUAAUCCUGCGCUUUUUAACGGGCUUUUUCUUACCUCAUAAAAUAAAGGCAUUUGGAUUGGGUAAUAAUCAAUUCCCUUCAAAGUAGGCAAACUUCUGCAUGAAGUUUUUCUCCUGAUAAAAAUAUGAAAUAUUUAACAAUUUUGGGCUUCCCCUGUAUUUAUUGUCUAGUGAUAGAGUGUAUCAGUGGUUACGUCAUUUUAAAUACUCUCCCAAAGUCUCUAGUUCCAUUUAAUCUUGAUUAUGCCUUAAGUUUAAUCGAUGCUACUUUUACUUACACUGUAGCAGCUUUUUAUCUCAAAAUUAGCUCGUGUUAUAUGCAGUAGCCCAAUUUUAGCUAAAUUGCGUUUAUAAUUUUAUUACGUUUAUAUAUUGCUUUGUUACGGUCAGCAACCAAUAAUUUAUAACGUAAGGUAAAUCUGUAAAUAGAGUCGUCAGUUUACGAAUGUAAAAUUGCUAUCAUUCGCGCUAUGUUCUAUUGAUCUCGUGAAUCUCUUGAAUGAUUGAAAUAAGAG